UCAGCUGUGUGGUGUUAGCGGCUAGACCGGAUAUAUUGAAAUAAAAAUGCCGAAAAGAUAUAAAACCGUUGUUUUGUGCAAAGCUUCACUAAAAUCUCUCAGCUCCACAGACUAAAAAAUCCAUGGCCUCGUUCUCCAAUCCCACCCACCCAUUCCCACUGUCGUUCAAUCGCGGACCCACUUCAAAAGCCGUGCCUGCGCUAUCACAACCCAUACCCAUACCCGGACCCAAACCCAAACUCCCCUCUCCUUCCUCUCCUUCUUCUUCUUCCAUUACCUCUAAUACUAACCCGGAGAAACCAAAUGCAUUAACAGUGACUGAUAGAAGUGAAAUAAGAGUAAGAGACACACAGAAGCUAAAGAAGCGCGAAGCCAGGGAGAGGAAAGAGGAGGUAAACAGUAAAAUAGCGUCGAAGAAAGCAAUCUCCGUGAUACUGCGGCGAGAGGCCACCAAGGCCCUCAUUGAGAAGAAGAGAGGCCCCACCAAUUCCAAGAGGCUGCUUCCCAGGACUGUGCUCGAAGCUCUUCACGAGAGAAUCACUGCUUUGCGCUGGGAGUCUGCUCUCAAGGUUUUUGAAUUACUACGUGAGCAGCUCUGGUACAGGCCCAACUCUGGAGUCUACAUCAAGUUAAUUGUGAUGCUUGGAAAAUGUAAGCAACCUGAAAAAGCUCAUGAACUCUUUCAAGCGAUGAUUGAUGAAGGCUGUAGUGCAAGCCGUGAAUCCUAUACUGCUCUGUUAUCUGCAUAUAGUAGGAGUGGUCUCUUUGACAACGCAUUUUCCCUCCUCGAGCAUAUGAAGAAUACUCCUGAUUGUCAGCCUGAUGUGCAGACUUACUCAAUCCUCAUAAAAUCAUGCCUACAUGAUUUUGCCUUUGACAAAGUGCAGGCCUUGCUUUCAGACAUGGUGGCUCAUGGAAUCACACCAAACACGGUCACAUAUAAUACUUUAAUCGAUGCCUAUGGGAAGGCUAGAAAGUUUGCAGAAAUGGAAUCGAUACUUGUGGAAAUGCUCCAAGAACGGGGUUCUGAACCUGAUGUUUGGACAAUGAACUCCACACUCAGAGCCUUUGGCAGCAGUGGGCAGAUUGAAACAAUGGAGCAGUGUUAUGAGAAGUUUCAGAGUGCUGGGGUCCAACCAAACAUUCAGACAUUCAACAUUCUCCUAGAUUCCUAUGGAAAAGCUGGAGAUUAUGGAAAAAUGAGUUCUGUAAUGGAAUACAUGCAGAAAUACCAUUACUCUUGGACGAUUGUUACCUACAAUGUGGUGAUAGAUGCAUUUGGGAAGGCCGGAGAUUUGAAACAGAUGGAGUAUUUGUUUAGGCUAAUGCGGUCAGAGAGGAUCAAACCAAGUUGUGUUACACUUUGCUCGCUUGUAAAGGCUUAUGGGCAAGCUGGUAAACCUGAAAAGAUUGGUGGUGUUUUGCGUUUUAUAGAGAAUUCAGAUGUAGCAUUGGAUACCGUGUUUUUCAAUUGUUUGGUGGAUGCUUAUGGGAGGAUGGGAUGCGUUGCAGAGAUGAAGGAAGUUCUUGACAUGAUGGAGCAGAAAGGAUGUAAGCCCGAUAGGAUUACAUAUAGAACCAUGAUUAAAGCUUAUUCUGUUAAAGGGAUGACUACCCAUGUGAAGGAGCUCCAAAAUAUGAUUGGAUCAGCUGACAAGACUCCGCCAGAGAUGGGGAAGCCCGACUUUCGAUGAAAAAUUUUACAGGUGAACUCCUCUGUGAAGCUACAAAAUAUAUCAUUUUUAGUGUCGUCUUGACAAUGUAUAGUAGGAAAAUGCAGAAGUAGUACUGAUUCUCCAGCUGGUGAAGAUUUCCAACCUUCUGCUUCGAAGGUUGUGGUAGACUCCAUUACUCUUGACAAGCCCAGCCAAGGAGCUGGAAAAGCAUAUUGAGUUCGAUAUUUGUAAACAGCUUCAACAUACAAUAAAAGUAGCAUAUUUUCAUACUGACCAGUGGAGGGAGAGUUAGGAGGCUUGCCUUGAGGAUAUUGAGCCGGAUCCAGGCUUUGAACUGCUCCCGGCUGUGGAUCUAUGCUCCAGUCCCAUUCCUACAGUGGAACUGAGAAAUCUAGUGCUUCUUGGUGAAAGGGCAGUCCCGAACUUGUGCCCCUUUAUCUGCAUGGUCCUGGAAGAUGAUUUUGAGAGCCGAGAGAAUAUUUUGCUCCCAUUGUUGACUGGCAAUGGCUAGAGCUUUUCCUGGUAGUAAUUCAUCAACCUUAGAGUUGACCUAUGUGGCAACCUUAGUGGAGGACCUUCUAGGGGGAUUUUAUAAGGCAACUUUAGAAAUAACAAGACAACAGACGAGAAGUUCUGUGCACCUACAACUCUCAUUUAGAUGUAAUGAUUCACUAUAUGGUACCGACCACCGGGUUUGAUGUUGCAGAGCUAAUAAACUGCGGCACUAGAGAAAAGUCUCCCACUUUGUUGGUUUUUAAGUUUCAACCUCAUGAGCUUGUGCUGCUGCUAGCCGUAAUUCAAACUUGGCAUGAACCGAGCUUUGACUUGCUGUUGAA